UGUUACCUCAUCUGCCCCACUCCUCCCCUCUGUGUGUGCGCUCGUUCUCGCUCUCUUUCCUACCUGGUUCACUUUCUCACUGUCUCGAGGGAGUAGCAGCUCUGAUCUUUAGCUCCACACAGUCCACAGUACCUCGUCUCCUCCAGGACUCCAAAAAGACAGUAUGGAGAAGAGCCAGUAUGGACCCCCCCAGGACUUGUCUGCUCCCCCCUACCCCGGCCCCCCGGCGGGCUACCAGGGAAGUGGGGGGGGAACAGCCUACCCCCCUCAGCCUGGCUUCCAGGCAGGUCCCCAACCCGGCAUGUACCCACCACCUCCCCAAUACGGCACGGGCAUGGCACAACCUACAAACGUCCCCAGCGUAACCCAGGUGGUGGUGAUGCAGCAGCCGCUGCCAAGAGACGUACCUGGCCAGAUGAUGUGUCCCCACUGUCAGGUCCCGGUUCUGACAGAGACCACACACGCCACUGGACUGCUCACCUGGGUCAUCUGUGGAUCACUCGGCUUCUUCCUGUGCUGGCCAUGCUGUUUGAUUCCGUUCUGUGUUGACUCCUGUAAGGACGUAGAACACCGCUGCCCCAACUGCAAGAGAGUGAUCCACAUCCACAAACGCAUGUGAACAGACCAAGAUGAGACACCUGCCACAAAGUGAUCCACAUCCACAACUAGCCCGGCCCACAGCCACUGCUGCCACAAAGUGAUCCACAUCCACAUCCACAACUCCUCAUGAAAAUAGAAAUAUCUGUUGUGAGAAGUCACAGUGUAAAGACAAUAGUCUGACUGUGGCUGAAAUGACUACUGGAAGACCAGCUUAACAUUGACUAGUGUCAGUGUGUAACAAGCUAAGGCCACUUCUAGCAGACUCUUUACACUGAUUGUAAUAUGUGUUUUCUUUCAUUCUGUGAAUCUUCAUGUUAGACAGAAAGUAGGAUUCUAUUUGUAUUGAUUGGUUGUUGGGUUUUUUAAAGGGACAGUCCACAGUUGAAACAAUAAAAAAGCUGAACCCUGCCUCUGUUUUUGUAAAAAGCUGUGGGAUGGGGCUGGAGGAAUGUAACUGCUCUAAGACAGAGCUAUGCACUGACUGACCAUCCAAAAUUAUAUCUUUAUCAAUGUUUUGGUCUAUACAGUGCUAUGUUUACAUUUACAAACAUUGGAGCAAAACAAGCUGAUAUUUUGGGUUCUGAUGGGGUACAACAGUUGAACUAAACUCAGAAGGCAGAAAUAAAGACUACAUUUGCAGAAUAAGUUAUAUUCUUCAAGAUCCAAAAAAUGGAUGCAUUAACUGCUGAUUGCCCCUUUAAUUGAUUCGCAAUAAUUGUUUUAAUAAAGUAAAUAAUGACUUUGA